UUUUGUAAAACGGUAAACUUUGUUUUUUCUGGGAUAAUCAUUAGACAUUUAGAUAAAGAGAGAAACACUUGAAAUUGGUUAUAAUUUUUUCUUUCUGGUUUUCUGGUUUUCUGGUUUUUAUAAUUAUUAUUAUUUGAAUUCAUUCAUUCUUUGUUUUGCCUUCGAUUUAGGUUUAGUGUGUCAGUUGAACUGAUUUUCGUUUUUUGCUUUUGCUGAGUUUUAAUUUUCUUUUUUGUUUCUUUCAAUAAACACAAACAAACAAACACAUGUGACACACACACGUGUUAUUUUGAUCAUUGUAGAAUGAAAAAAUAAUCCUUUUCAACAUCAAACUGGUUUACAAAACACAAAAAUGUCAUCAUUAAAGUUAAUUGAUUUGGAUAAACUUUGUGGUACAAAACAUUGGAAUCAAACAUUAUCUUGGUUAAUUGAUCAUAAUCCUGAUUUAACAUAUUGUUUUGAAGAAACUUGUUUACUUUGGACAAUAUGUUUAUGUUUAUUUUUAUUAACUUGUUUUCAAGUGUUAAAUUUAUGGAAAAAAUCUUCGAUUAUAACAAAAAAUUCAUCAUCAUCAUUACAUCAUCCUAAUCAUCAUCAUCAUCCAAUACCGUGGAACAUAAUCAAUGUAACAAAUUUGAUAAUUUGUACAUCAUUAAUAAUUAUAAAUUUUAUUGAAAUUUUAAAUAUAAUUAUAUGGAAUAAUAAUCUAAUACCGAUAAAACCAAUCGAAUGGUUAAGUCCUUUAAUAAAGAUUAUAACAUUGAUAUAUUUGUUUUACAUAUCAUUAUUAUUUCGUCGUAUGGGUAUUUAUUCAUCUGGAUCGAUAUUUAUAUUUUUAUUAUUAUUUGCCAUUUAUCAUAUGAUAAAUUUUCGUACAAUUUUAUUGGCUAUUUUUACUGAUGUAAGUACCAUCACAAUAUCACAAUAUACAGCAGCAGCAGUAACAAUAUUAUCCUGA